CACUGGCGGCGUUGAAACAGACGAUAAUAACACUCAAGGCGAGACGGCAUCUGGUUCGUCAUCGCGCGAUUUGAUAGAAACGUGUUCAGCAAUAAUGGCUGAAAACGGCUGUAAACAUUUUCAAGUCUACGUCAAAGAGAACUCUUUGGAUACGUAUCGCAUAAUUGAUGCUUACUUUUCAGCUUGUAUUAAUCGAGAUGCUCGUGAAAAAAAAGCUUUAAAUUGCUGCUGCUUUGAAUGCGGUAGUUUCGGUUUGCAGAUAUUUGCUUGCCUUUAUUGCAUUUAUUUUGGUUGUCGUGGAUCUCACAUUACCUCGCAUUUACGUGCGAAAAAGCACUCUAUUGCACUGGAGCUGUCACAUGGUACUUUAUACUGCAAUUCAUGUCGAGACUUCAUCUAUGAUUCACGCUGCCGCGAAAUAGCGUCAGUUAAUCGUAAAUUGGAAGCCAAAGAUGUGCAAAAAAGUCUAAGUUGGACACCAUGGAUACCCACACCCAAAGAAACUAACCUGAUGUUAGCUAAUCCUCGUCGCCGCCAUGUUAAGGCUAAUGAAACUUUAGGUUUAAGGGGUCUUAUUAAUUUGGGAUCUACUUGUUUUAUGAAUUGCAUUGUGCAGGCUUUAAUUCACACCCCAUUGUUAAGUGAUUACUUUCUUUCCGAACGUCAUGAAUGUAAUGCCAAAUCCUCACUGAAAUGUCUGGUAUGCGAAGUAUCGCGAUUAUUUCAGGAAUUUUAUUCUGGAUUACGUACUCCACUUUCACUGCAUCGUUUGUUGCAUUUAAUUUGGAAUCAUGCUAAGCAUUUGGCCGGUUAUGAGCAACAAGAUGCUCACGAGUUUUUUAUAGCUACUUUAGAUGUUUUGCAUCGUCAUUGUAUUAAGGCCAAGGCUGAAACAGAAAAUGCCAACAAAUCCAGCUCCUCCGCACAACACACUAAUUGCCCUACACAGUGUAACUGUAUAAUAGAUCAAAUUUUCACCGGAAUGCUGCAAAGUGAUGUGGUUUGUCAAUCGUGCAAGGGCGUGUCGACCACUAUUGACCCUUUCUGGGAUAUCUCAUUGGAUUUAGGAGAAACAGCUCAUGGUGGCGCUACGCCAAAAUCUUUAAUAGACUGUUUGGAACGCUACACCAGAGCCGAACAUUUAGGUUCAAGUGCGAAAAUCAAAUGUUCCACCUGUAAAUCUUAUCAAGAAUCUACCAAACAAUUCAGCUUGCGAACUUUACCAAGCGUAGCCAGUUUCCAUUUAAAACGUUUCGAACAUUCUUCAUUAAUAGAUAAAAAGAUCUCGACGUUCAUUUCAUUCCCCGUCGAAUUUGAUAUGACUCCAUUCAUGUCAGAUAAAAACAAUGCUUAUGGAGAUUUUCGUUACUCACUGUACGCAGUAGUCAACCAUGUGGGUACAAUCGAUGCCGGUCAUUAUACGGCCUAUGUACGGCAUCAUAAGGAUACCUGGGUAAAGUGUGAUGACCAUAUUAUUACCACCGCUACCUUAAAGCAAGUGUUAGACAGUGAGGGCUAUUUGUUGUUUUAUCAUAAAAAUAUUCUUGAGUAUGAAUAGAGACUGUAUAAUGCAAGUAAAAACGUUUUUUUAUAAAUAGUAAGUAAGAUAAAAGUUAUAACAACAACAUUGCUACAACAAUCCUCAUACUAUUACAAUAACAA